GACACAUUCGUAUCGCGCAGAAACUGUCAUAAUUCAGAAGACGAAGGAAAAGGAGUGUGAAAAAUCUUAAAAAUCAUUGGAUACAGCAAAAAUAUUAACGUACAACUAAAGCUCCAAAUUACAUUGCCAAAUUUAGUUCAGUUAGCUUGUUUCUUCGCGAGUAUCUACUGUGUCGGAUGCGGGACGUCGGAUUACAUAAUAAGUGCUGUUUUAUAUCCCUAGAAAACAGCUGAAUCUGUGACAGGAAAAUCAUUUUCACACAAGGCUUACUACCAAGGAACGAGGCAGCUAGUGCCCGUCAGAUAGGAUUUUUUCGAUGGAAGUUCAAACGGAGGACGCUCCACUAAAUGGAGUCGAGAGCAGUGCAAAUUCCACUGCUAAAAGUGGGAAGAAGAAAGUUAAAAGGAAAAACAAAUCUAAAAAUAUCGGCACAAGCUCAAGUCAGGAAAUGUCACUCGGACGGGAGAAUAAUAAGCUAGCGGAAGUUGCUCUGAGCCCCAGUGGGAAACUUAACGGUAUUUCCGAAAGCGACUUAUGCGAAGAUCCCGUGGAUACAGUGAGAGACAAACUGGAAAAAGGAUUAAAAUUAAAAGGUCAAAACGGUAUAAUAAAUGGAACUAUAACUAGUGCGGAUGAACACCCAGCUGAAGUUAAAUCUAAAAGUUCAACCGCGAAGAAAAGACACAGAAACCGUCAAAAGUCGAAAAGUCAGCAACAACUCGCAGCUGCUAGUGAAAAUUCAAGUGAUCUUGCACAAGCGAAGGUUGAUGCCGGAAGUAGUACUGAACAGAAAAGUGAGAUUAAAUCUGUUGCUUUGAUUGCGACGGUGCCAGUCAAGGAAAUUCCUUUGGUGGAAGAACCAGCGAAACCUGAAAUCAUUUAUCAGGUAUAUGAAUCAGAGCUUCAAAUGCCUAGCAUUAUGUCGCUCAUUCAAAAGGAUUUAUCGGAACCCUAUUCAAUAUACACUUAUCGGUAUUUCAUCCACAACUGGCCGCGGUUAUGUUUUCUAGCGCUUCAUCAGGAGCGUUGUGUUGGAGCUAUUGUUUGUAAGCUGGAUAUCCAUCGGCAAAAUGUGCGAAGAGGAUAUAUUGCGAUGUUGGCCGUCGAUAAAGAUUACCGAAAGCUGAAAAUUGGCACCACGUUAGUGCAAAAGGCUAUUCAGGCAAUGCUGGAAGAUAACGCUGACGAGGUUGUGCUGGAAACAGAAAUAACUAACCGGCCUGCACUACGAUUGUACGAAAAUCUAGGGUUUGUUCGGGAUAAGCGACUUUUUCAUUAUUAUCUCAAUGGCGUUGACGCUCUAAGGCUGAAGCUGUGGUUUAGAUGAAUCGACUUAGCUUAGUCGAUGGCUGAACAAAGUAUGCGACAAGCAUAAACGCUGUCUCCUCACAUCGGUGUGUUUGAGCAUGUACUAGGGAAUGCUUUGAUUAGGUACAUUUAGAUAUAAUUUCAACAAACCUUCGUUGAUGUGUUGUUAUUCUCUAGAACUCGCCUGUUUGCAAGAAAAAAAACGUACUUUUUAUUUUGAAUUCAUGAUGAGCCAACUGACAAGCGCAUAUUCGUCAUGGUACUCUUAUAUAUGCUUUUGAUAUGGCUCAAGUCGAUAACGAGAAAAUAACAAUGUCAGGAUAAUGUCUAGAGAAUAGCAGAGAAUGUGAACACACAGUCACGUGGUUAUCCAAUGUCCGACUUGGAUGCUUUUAUCCACGUUUGGCACAUCAAGCGUAGUAGGGUUGAUAUUAACAUAGAAAAACUUUCUAGCAGCUGGACUCUUACUCGCCUAACUGCCCAUUAAGGCAUAUCAGCUCUACGGUUGGCGGGAUAUUCUAAUUGUAUGGGACAGCUAUGUGUUCAUGGGUAGUGAAAGUAUAGAAGGAAUAAUCAACCUACUAAAUUUAACCAAUAAUAGACUUACUAUAACCAACCAAUUUAUAAUGUCUGAAUCAGCGAGAGCAGUUGGAAGUACUACUAUUUCAAGGAUUUGUACGUGUAUAGGAUCACAUUAACAAUCUAUUAUUUAUACAAAAGAACCAUGAAACAUAUGAAAAAAAGUAAACCGAAAAUAUUAUGCAAGAUUUGAAGUAAUCAUUGAUUUCAGUUGUCCCUUGGCCAGCUUGGCGACAUACGAACCAAGUUCGAGUAAGCUGAUGUGUGCUCUUUCGAACACUUUAAUAUUACUUUUUGUUGAAAUUUGUUCACUCAUUUGUACAGUACGAACAAUCUGUAAAUAAAGUUAUUUGUGAGCUCGCUCUGGUGUACUUUUCAAA